CGGUCUCUAGGCCUGACGCCUGAGAGGCGGAGGCCCUGGGCAGCUAGAUGGGCAUCAAAGUUUCCAUCUGGGAGCUGGGAGGGGUCAUGAUAUGUCUGGAAAUGCUGGAAGGAGCGUGGUGGGGACUGGGUUGUGGGGUGUGUGCACUGGAUGUUCUCAGUCUCGGGGCACUCGGGGCACACGGGGCUCAGAGCGAGGCUGCAGGCAGAAGGAGGCUGGGCACAGAGAGCCGGGAGUUAGGUCCUGCGGCGGCUGGAGCCAUGAGCACAGAGGGCCCCAGCCCCCUCGCCUUCCUCACAGCUCCUGUCACUCCGGGGAGCCCCUCGGAGGCAGUCGACCCCCUCCCUGUGCUCAUUGCCCUGGCCUGCAUCUUCCUUCUGCUGGCCACUUGUCUGCUGUUCAUGACCCUCUGCAAGCCUGCUGCGCUGGACCCAAGCCGCCGCCGGGCCCGCGAGUGCAUGCCCCACCACCCUGGGAGCCCCAGUGAGCCCCAGCUCCGGCUCUGGAAACGCCUGGGCUCGCUGCGCCGCUCCCUUCACAGCUUCCGCCGCGGCAGGCCUGCCCCUCGGCGCCCCCUGCCGGGCCACGAGGACAACCACGACUGUGACUGCACGGAAUCUACCAAGAUGUGAUGGGGCUGUCCCCCUACUCCAGGGUCCACCUGCAGACCUUCCUGCCUUGGAUGGAGCCUGGUACUGCAGGCUGAAGGAGGACAGUGGCUCCAAUAACCUGGGCCACACACUCAGCUCAUCAUCUGUGGUUUCCUGUGUGCCCAGACCUGUGGCCUUUCCAGAGAUGGCCCCUGGAAGAAUACCCUCCUCCCUGUAGACUCUAGGUGCUGCCUGCUGGAAGACUGCUGCACCAAUUACUGAGCAUCUGCAGCCAUGUGGACCCUUGGCCCGUGGCUCUGAGGAGUACAAACCUGGGGUCCCCAGCUCCACCUUCUAACAUUAGGCACAAACCAUCUCCAGGAAGCAGUGCCCCUGCGUCCCAACAGAAGCCCUGCCUGCCCUCAAGGUGCCAAAGUUCAGCUCAGAUUCCACGGCGAGUUGCUGAAGGGCCAAAGGCUCUCUCCGGCCAAGUGGGGCACACACUGGGGCAGGGGACUGUCCUGUCCUCUGUGCCAACUCAGUGCCCCACGCAGAAAGGAACCCAAGGCCUCCUCUCCUUGGACUUCCAGCAUCUAUCUGUCAUCUACAGGAGCAGCCAGCACCCUUGUGGUGGAUCAGAUGCCUGGGUGCCUGCUGGGAGGGAGGAGGGUCAAGCAGGAGGCUGUCAGCACCAUCCAUCAAUCACCAUCUUGGCAGUCAUUCUGGCACCAAUGCGAGGAUGGAUGAAGAAGGGGCUGAGAAUGAGUUAAGAAGAUCUGUGCAGAGGCCAGGACUGGGAACGUGUCAGAGUGGGAGGAGGCACUGCCAGCAGCUGGCGGGGAUGCUGUCUGGGCUCUGAGGACAUAUCAUAGCGGUUCAAGGGAAGGAGGUGGUCUUCCUUUGAGCGGGGGAGGGGGGGUGUCCAGACCUCUCCAGGACAGCUGUGGGACAUCAGGCUUGGACCACAUGAGUGUGCUGUCUGUAUUUUUGGUAACUGCUUCACUGACUGGCUACUGUCAAAGCAAUCCCACCCUGGGGUGGGAUCCUCAGAAUCCCAAACCCUCAACGUCUCCUCACAAGGCUGGUGCUCAAUGCUUCAGCUGGGCCUCAAAUUUGGAGAGUGGAGAGAGGGGUCUGAGCUGCCCAGCUCCUGACCCAGAGAGUUAGCUGGCCAGGGCCACCUUGUAUCCCCCUGUGGGGCUGCUCCACCCCACCCUGCUAUAACCCAUAGUGCAGCCAGCCAAAUCUUCUCAAAGAGUGAGCCCGGUAUCACCACUGCCCAGCUCCAAAACCUUCCCUGACUCCUAUUGCUGGAUAAAGCUGGAGUUCCCUCAUCUGGUGUUUGGUACUCACUGGGAGCUGGCAGCAAUCUCUUAGCUUCAUCUUGACCCAAGACUCCAGGCAAACUGAAACACCUGUCUGUCCCUGGCUUCAGCUCACGCCUCACUUGCACACCCUCUGUGAAGCCCUCUUUGCUCUCUAGCUGAAGCCAAGGGAGCACAGGGAUCACUUCCUCUUGGCGGUGUGGAUCAUCCCUGUCUGCGUCACAUCCUUCCUACAAGCCUGCAAGCUCCCACAGAGCGAGACUGUUUCCAGCCCCUCACUCUGCUCCCAGCUCCGGGCACAGAAGUGUGGGGCCUCUGCUUACUGAGUGAAGGGUGGUCCAGCCUAGUCCUGGGGGAACCUUUUCUUCCCUUGGACGCUCCUACAGAGAAGCUGCUGGACAGACCCACUGAGCCUUCCUUCUGGGUCAGUCUGAUAUCAAACAGUGAGUCCAUCUUGACCAGAAACUUCCAGGGCCUUGGAGAAAUCACCAGUGCCUGCAUUUCUCCCCGAGAAAUGGGGAGAAUCAGGGCUGCUCUGUAUUACUCACAGGCUCUAGGAUUUCAGUCUGAGUAGUGUUGUGUAAACAGAAACCAACUCUUGGGGUUUAGGAAGCGGGGCAGGCCCUCUCCGGCAGCAUUCUGCUCCACCCUCCCUUCCAGCUUAUUAACCUCUUCCUGGUUUGUGCCCCCAGGUCUCCCUGAGACAUCCCAGGCUAAGUUCUACCUGCGGUCAUUCACCUCUGUCACCCACUGGCCAGCGUGUCCUGGGGGUAAGGCUGCCCCAGGCCUGAACGAGAAGGAAAGCUGGGGAGGGCGACGGGCUCUCAGGUUCUGCCAUACCCCAGCUACAUCCCCAGGUUGGUCCUAGGAGACCUGUGUGAGCUGGGGGUGGCAGGUAUUAGGUGUUAGGCUAGGAAAGAGGUGAGGCCCCCAGCUUGGUGGGGGGAGGGUGUUCCCCAAGCCCCCAGGAGCUGAGGCUCAGAGGGAGAGAACAUCUUUCUGAAACCAGCCCCUAGACUGUGGCAACACCCAUGGCUUCCUGGACCCUUAAGCGCCUCUAGGAGUCGGCCCUCUGCUCCCAGCUCCUCGCUUGCCCUGCUCCUGGCCUUCCAGUCUUCCGUCCCUCCCAAGCCUGGGAGCCGGCCCCAGCAGGCAGGCCCAGAUUUGCUGUGUUUGGCUCAGCUUCCAAGUCGGAAACCCCGCAGCUGGUGAACAGCAUAAUUCUAGCCCGGCCGCCCUCCCCACCCAGCAACUGAGGCCUCCAGGGAGGGCUGGGGAGGGCACCCGAGCCUCCUUUUCAGGUCCUCCCCUUCCUCCCUUGAGCCCCAUAGCUGUCACUCCUUCUCCGGGGUAAAGGAAUCCUUUCUGUUUGUGCCUGUUUAUUUCCCAGGAGGGGAAUUUCGGCCAAGAGCCCUGUGAAAGCAGCUCUGUUCUGGGCCUUGCUGGGCCCUGGCUCUCUCUCCUCAACUCCUUUCUGGGAAAUGUGACAUCUCCAUCUCCUCCCUGCUCUGAAAGGCCCUUCUGGGUGCAGUAGGGGAGGGGGAGAGGGCUGUGGGGGUGGGAGGGGAGGAAGACCAAGGCCUUCCUUCUGGUUUUGGGGAAGCAAGGGCCCAUCUUUGGCUACACAAGCUGGGGGCUUACUCUCUCCAGGAGGGAGGAGGGAGCCUAGGUCCCCCUUUUGCCACGGUACUGGUACCUCUGAAGCAGCAGCUGGACCCUCUCCUGUUUCCAUCCUGCCCUGCCAUGAUGACCUUGAGCGUGUGCACUGAGCUGAGUGUGGCCCUGCCCGCCCCCCACCUGCCACCUGCCUGCAUG